AUGGCCACCAAGCCAUUCCAGCAUCUUCUUCAUGAUAAAAAACACGUCAUCCACGCCCCCGAAGAAACCUCCAAAGUCAAAGUCGAAAACUGCAUUGGAUUCGUCAAAGUCCCAGUCGGAAUCGCGGGACCAUUACUGGUCGACGGUCCCAAUGCCACAAAUGAGCAAGUCUACGCAACCCUAGCUACAACCGAGGCUACUCUAGUCGCUAGCUGUGCCCGAGGCUGCAAGGCUUUCAACGCCUGUGGAGGUCUCCAGUUCGACAUCCUCGGAGAGGGCAUGUCUCGGGCACCUGUGUUCAAAUUUCCAACCCCUCGACACGCUAUCAAAUUCGCCAAAAAAGUCCCUGAGCUACAGAGCCAAUUCACCACCGUCGCGGAGUCGACCAGCAGACACCUACGCCUUCAAAAGAUGGUUCCGCACAUCGUAGGGUCUAGCGUACACCUGAUCAUCAGUUACUACUGCGGCGACGCUUCCGGUCAGAACAUGGUGACGAUAGCGACACAGAAGGCCUGCCAGAUGCUGGUCUCUUCGCAAUGGGGUUCAGAGUAUGGAAUCGUCGGUUUCCAACUUGAUGGGAACAUGUCAUCUGAUAAAAAGCCGUCGUGGGGCAACGUCAAGAUGACUCGAGGUAUAGAGGUCAUGGCUUGGGGCACGCUUACCAAUUCCGCCUGCGAGAAGAUUCUCGGCACAUCGUCUUAUAACUUAUAUUCUACCCUUCUAACAGGUAAAGAAGGCGGCAUCCGCAACGGGCAAUUUGGCUGUAAUGCCAAUACGUCCAAUAUUAUUGCGGCUAUCUUCAUCGCGACGGGGCAAGAUGCUGCUUGCGUUGCGGAAGGGUGUUGGAGUCAUCUCGUUCCGGAGUAUGACUUUGAUACGAAAGAUUUGAAGAUCUCCCUGUACUUGCCUUCUUUGCCUGUUGGUGUGGUUGGUGGUGGAACAGCUUAUGAGACGCAGAAUGAGUGCCUCCAGAUUAUGAAGUGCUUAGGGCCAGGCAUGAAGGGGCGGUUUGCUGGGCUGAUUGCGUCUUUUGCGUUGGCGCUAGAUGUCAGUACUUGCAGUGCUGUUGCCAACCAUACUUUCUCGCAGAGCCAUCAAAGGUUGGCUCGUACAUCGCAGCAGCGAACACCGAAAUCCAACCUGUGA